AUGGGCAAAUCAUCCAAGGAUAAACGCGACGCCUACUACCGGCUGGCGAAAGAGCAAGGCUGGCGUGCGCGCUCUGCUUUCAAGCUGCUUCAGCUCGAUGAAGAAUUUGAUCUGUUCUCGGGAGUCUCGCGAGUGGUCGACCUCUGCGCAGCGCCGGGAAGCUGGUCGCAGGUCCUCUCGCGCAUCCUCAUCAAGGGCGAACGAAUUGGACGAGCGUCGUGGGAAGACAAGCGCCAUCACUAUCUUCUGCAGCAACGGAAUGGCAAUCAGGCACCAGAUGAGGCACCAGAUGUAGCCGCCGAGCCUGACCGAAGCCCGCGCUCCGACGUCAAGAUUGUGGCCAUUGACCUACAGCCCAUGUCGCCUCUGGAAGGCAUCACAUGUCUCAAGGCUGAUAUUACCCAUCCGUCGACCAUCCCACUCCUCCUCAAGGCUCUGGACCCGGACUACGACCCUGCAUCAUCAUCAUCAGCAGCAACGGAAGCAUCUCAUCCUGUGGACCUCGUCAUUUCUGACGGAGCACCAGACGUGACGGGCCUGCACGACCUCGACAUCUAUGUACAAUCCCAAUUGCUGUGGGCGGCACUCAACUUGGCGCUUUGUGUCCUCAAGCCUGGUGGAAGAUUUGUGGCCAAGAUUUUCCGUGCAAAGGAUGUGGAUGUGCUGUACGCUCAGCUCAAAACCGUGUUUGAAAGCGUCAACGUGGCAAAGCCGAGGAGCAGUAGAGCGAGCAGUGUCGAAGCGUUCAUUGUGUGCACAAAUUUUCGUCCGCCACCAGGAUUCAGGGCCAGUCUGGACGACCCUCUGGGUGUCUCUUCGGGCCACAGUUUGCAGCCUCAAGAGGAUGAGAGUCUCCAGUCAGAUGAGACUUGCCGCACCACCCGGACUUUGCGAGCAGAUGGUAUUACUGAAAUCAAUAUCGACACGAAUCACCAAAGCCAUCGUUGGAUUGCUCCGUUUCUCGCAUGCGGGGACCUCAGCGCUUUCGACGCUGAUGCGAGCCAUAAGCUGCCAGAGGGACAUGUGAGUCUGGACCCGGUCCAACCACCAACAGCGCCUCCGUACCGCAAGGCCCUCGAGGAACGAAAGAAGAUGGGUGGCGCAUACGGCAAGACGAAGCUUGGUCAUGUCUGAGGUAUCUACGCACCAGCGGCUCGACAUCAAGGGCUAUAUAUUCUAUGCCUUGGCGAUCAAUUGAUCUGCGUGUUUUUGGUACCGCGCGAGAACACGGUGGAUCUGGAUUCCGACAAGCCAACUUCUUCGGAAGCGCACAACGCACGCAUGGCUGUUGGAAGAUUACAAUGAGGCACGAGGGCCUCGAACUGGAGUUGAUGCUCAUAGGUUCAGAUAUCAAUACUCGGAGCCCUUCCGGAUUACCGUCAGCAAGCCGCCACCAGCCAUCGUGUGUAUCGAAGGCUUUUUCAGUAUUGUCCAAUCUGAACAAUGGCCAUCCUGCUACAACAGCACGUACACUAAGCAGAUAUCUCUUACUGUCCCCUAAUUACUAAGGAGACGGUAUUCGAGUCCAAGUCUUUUCCCCUCUUCAAGUUCACGUCGACUUGGCAAUAUCUCCAAUGUAUACACCGCAGCUAUACUGCACGUCCGAAUCCAGCCCUAGAUAACAUCGGACGGCGGAUAUCAGCGGCCUCGCGAGGACACCACAGCAUCCUUCUGAUCCUUAUGCCAAGGAGAUGCGUGUGUGAGGAUGAUAGAAUGUUCUCGCGAUCCCGCGGAGGUGCAGUGGAUAUACAGUUAGAGGUCAGGAGAGUGAAUUCUCGAGGGCUUAUUCUGUGAAGAAUAAGAAAACAAUAAUCAACUGGGAUGAUGCGCUCAACCGCAGCAAGAGAGAUUGGAGCGACGUACAAAGGCUAUAGGGCUUUGUGCUAUGUUGAUAUGCAGCAGAGGGUCGGCGCAUGCGCAGUUUCGUACGACGACGUCGGACCAUUGGAUGCAUUAUGCCGCGCUAGCCGUGGGAGAGUCCAACCUGACAAGCGUAUCCGACCUGGCUCUCCUCACUCCAUCUGUUGCCUGUUAUGGCCAUCUCCGUCAGCCCAAGGAGGCCAUCAUUGCAAAAUCAUGGAAUCACCACGAUCGAACACGAUACCCGCCCCCGGGCUUCAUCGCUGUCAUCUUCCCAGUAAUGCUGUUGUAGCGUCCAAGUCUCGAUAUGACACGGCAUCUGACAACAGCUUUCCAAUGAUGCUAUGGCGCACCACAGUCUCAUCAAAGUGGUAGAAGAAGAACGUCCUCACAGAUGUAUACUCCUUGCCACAGCACUCCCAUCACUGACCACAUCCAGCCGACCCAGCAGUAGCAUCUGCGGGCAAGCGAUGCAACAUGUCGAUGCUUGAUCAUGCAGUGCUCAAACGCAUGAAGCCCCUCGCAACAAACAAACGAAGCACCCCUAUCGUUUCGCAUCAUUCCGCAACGAAAGUAAGCAGCAGCAGCAGCACAUCUCUCCACUACCAUAUCAUUAUUGCCCCUCGCGUCUGUACCCUACUUCUUCCUCUUCAGAUUCCCGACCCGGCGUUGGCAAAGCCGAAAUCCUGCAGGCCAAUUUUAGUCUGGCGAAUGUUACACUAUUCCAGCCUCUCUUAUGGUGUCUGCAUGGCGUUGGCAAUUCUUACCAGGACUUGUAUGGACUGACAUGUAAUCUUGAGGUGCAUGCAUGCAUUCGCCACGGCAGGGAAAAAAAUCAAGAUGCGGGCUCCAUGAGUUUUGUGUUUUUUUUUAUUGUAGCCAGAAGAAGAAGAGGAAGAAGCGGAGGCGUGGUUGAGUGGUCACUUGCUGUGUAUGUGUGUGUGUGCAUGGUAUAAAGAUGUAAGGCAUACCUCUCACAACGGGAAUUCCUUUGUUUACACGGCAUCUCUCUGUCUCUGUCUCUCUCACUCUGUUUGAGAUCUCCCAACUUUGAGUUACUGUGCUAUCGUCCACUCUGGAAAUAACAUCUUCAUCACUGGGAACAGAAGAAAUACACUCCAUCCUACGACGACGACAAGAAGAACAACGGUUCCCUCUCGUGCAACCCACGCACGCUCCGUCAUCCGCUUCCACCAACCAAGCAAGAAAAAAAAUACAAGAAUCAUGCCCUCCUUCACCACCCUCUCAACCCUCGCCAC